AUGGCGCAAUUCGGGGCAAUAGUGGGACUGUAUACGGAGGAAGAUUCGGGAAAUGAAGAAAACACCGGACAAAACAACUUUGGUGGAGCUCUGAAAUCAUAUUAUUAUAUAUAUAUCAAUUCAUAUCGUUGCUUUGCGCCAGUGUACUCUUUGCCUUUUGACUUUGGCCACAGAAUUUUUGUUAGUUCACUUCCGGCGCCUAUUCAAAUCAACCAGCACCACCACUUCCCUUACAAACACCAGCACCGCCUUCCACCACCCUCUCUCCCCAACCAACCUCCCCACGGCCUAAUCGUCGGCAACUACUGCCACGAUGUCCUCAUCAAAAACAACGCCGUUCUCGCCGAAACCCUAGGCGGCGCCGCUGCCUUCAUCUCCGCCGUCCUCGACGGCCUCCCCCUCCCCUUCACUUAUGUCACCAAAGCCGGCUCCGAUUUUGCCUACACCACCACUGUCAAUCACCCCCCAAUCACCGCCGGAAAAACUGCCAGUUGUUGUGUGUUGGUGACAGGUGGAGAGGAGGGGUGUACGGUGUAUUGGAAGGAUGGGGAGGUGAGGAUACCGGCUUUUUCCUCGGUUCAGGUUGAUCCGACUGGGGCUGGGGAUAGUUUUUUGGGUAGCUUGGUUGCAGGUUUAGUCGAGGGAUUGGCCGUUCCUGAUGCGGCUGUGCUUGGAAACUUUUUUGGGUCCUUGACGGUUGAGCAGAUCGGGUUGCCGGAUUUUGAUGUGAGGUUAAUGCAGAAAGUCAAGGACGAGGUGCACGUGAGGAAAAUGCAGCGUGAUGGACAUGAUGACGAAUCAAGGUUUACAAAAACGAGCGGUCAUGAACAAUUUAUUGCAUCGCUAGUAUAUAUUAAUUCAUAACAUCUCAAUGAACAGUUUCUACAGUUCCGGUUUCUCUGCUUUUGUAACCUAUAUCUGUCAGUCGUUUCUUUGCUCUCUGCUUAAGGUACACAUUACUACAGUAGAGAUGUCUUUUAAGGUACACAAGCUUAAACAUGGGCUUCCUUUGGUUUGUAGUUAGGUUGGUGUUUAUUUUUUAAUUCUAAUUGUCAAUGCACUUUCUAGGGUCAAAUUUCUCUACUUGUAAAACUUUAACAAAGCUAUCAUACGGUUCCUAGACUUUCGUCGUCA